CCUCCUUCCCUCCCUCUCCUACCAACUGGUCAAAUACUCAAAAUUUCAAAGCUGCAACCUUGUUUCUCCCCAUUAUCGUAUUUGUUUUUCAUUUCCUUUUAUCUUUAUCUUUAAACAGACACAAAUCUUCUCCGAGAAUUUUCCAUGCACGAAAUGAUCAUCUUUUGGUGGCAAGUUCUUUGAUCAAAUGAGUCAAACUUGCUGAGGAUCAGCUUCAAAGGGAUCUUCAUGAUAUCAGAAGUUGCAACUUUUCAGAUUGAAUUGAAUAAUUGAGGAGGUUCCGUCCUGUCAUUUCAACCUGCUCAACUUCGUUAACUUGGGAAAAUGUCAUUGCAACAAUUGAAAGGAAUUGCAAAAGAAAAGUCUUUGUUGCCUGAAGAACAACAAGCGAAGAUUGAUGAUGUCAGGAAACUAAUUGGCCCAAUAGCUGACAAGCUGCCAGUCCUUUGUUCAGAUGCAUCAAUAUCAAGAUAUCUCAGAGCAAGGAACUGGAGUACAAAAAAGGCAAGCAAAAUGUUAAAAGAAACAUUGAAGUGGAGACUUCAAUACAAACCAGAAAAGAUCCGAUGGGAAGAUAUUGCUCAUGAAGCUGAGACAGGAAAAAUUUACAGAGCUAAUUUCCGUGACAAACUUGGGAGGCCGGUUCUUGUAAUGAGACCUGGUUUCCAGAAUACAAACUCAACAUCAGGGCAGAUCAAAUACUUGGUUUAUUGCAUGGAAAAUGCCAUAAUGAAUUUGACCCAAGAUCAGGAGCAGAUGGUUUGGCUUGUCGAUUUCCAAAGGUGGGGUAUGUCAAGCAUAACUGUUAAGGUGACUCGGGAAACAGCUCAUAUCUUGCAGGACCACUAUCCCGAGAGACUGGGCCUAGGAAUCCUCUAUAAUCCCCCAAAAAUAUUUGAAUCUUUCUGGACAAUAGUGAAGCCGUUCCUUGAGCCUAAGACAUACAAGAAAGUGAAAUUUGUCUAUUCUGAUGAUCCAAAGAGCCAGAAAAUUAUUGGAGAAGUUUUUGAUUUGGAUAAGCUUGAUGUUGCAUUUGGUGGGAGAAACACUGCUGGAUUUGAUUAUCAAGCAUAUGCCCAACAGAUGAAGGAGGAUGACAUUAAAAUGUCUAAUUUCCUGGACUCUAGUUGUACAUCUCCACCUUAUCCAUCAGCAGUUCUGUCCGAAUCACAUCAGUCAGAGUCGCUGUAUUUAGACCACGGUUCUAAUGGUUCAGAUGAAGUUGGAUUAUCAUCUGGUGAUGAAGCAACUCCUUCAAAUGUGGAGCGUGUUGAUGAGAAGACACGAGAGCUGUCACUCGGAUGCAAAGAUGUCGCAGUGGGUGAAGUAGCAAUAGCAAAACAAGUGCAAUAAGCAAAGCUGCCAUGGACCUAACCCGGAAUUCUAGUUAAUAUCGUUCUUCUUUCAAAUUUUGAGCAGUCAAAUUUCAAAUGCAGAUGGUUGCCUGGAUUCAAUCUUUUAUGCAUCCAACUGAGUAAUUGCAUUAGACAGCUUAAGCUUUCAUAGUUACAUACAAACCUCAGCUGUGAAGGAAAAUAGACUUUCACACCAAUAUCAAUUGAUUUCUGCAAUGCAAGAUUAUUUUGUUUUGA